AUGAAAAUCGCUCUCCUGGCUGGGACGGCCGGUGCUCUCGCAACCGGCGCGAACGCGUAUACAAUCUCCGCUCAAGAUGCCUACCCCGAUGUGACGACAGAUGUUGGUCACCUGCGUCGAGCGCUACCCAACGCUCCGGAUGGUUACACCCCCGUCCACGUCCAGUGUCCUUCCAAUCGUCCUUCCGUAAGAAGCGCCUCUUCGCUGUCGGCGAACGAGACGGCGUGGUUGGAGGUGAGAAGAAACAAUACCAUUGAUCCGAUGCGAACAUUUCUGAACCGAUUGAAUAUCACUGGGUUCGACGCCGGCGGAUACAUCGACCAGGUUUCCAACAACGCCUCAGCUUUGCCAAAUAUCGGCAUUGCGGUGUCUGGCGGUGGCUGGCGAGCGCUGAUGAACGGCGCGGGCGCCCUCAAGGCUUUCGAUAAUCGCACGGACAACAAUACUGGCUCAGGACAUCUAGGUGGCCUGCUACAGUCGGCAACCUAUCUUGCCGGCCUUAGUGGAGGCAGCUGGUUGGUUGGCUCUCUGAUGAUGAACAACUGGACGACUGUGGAAGCACUACAAGCAGACGAUACAGGCUCGGUGUGGGAAUUUGGAAACUCCAUCCUUGAGGGGCCAGACACUGGCGGUGUGCAGAUUUUCGACACGGCCGAAUACUACGCGCACCUUCUAAGCGAUAUUGACGGUAAAGAGGAUGCCGGGUUUGACCUUUCCCUGACCGACAUCUGGGGUCGGGCGCUUUCGUUCCAGUUGAUUAACGCCACAGAUGGCGGGCCGGACUUUACCUGGUCUUCAAUUGCGCAGUCCCAAGGCUUUCAGAAUGGAGAUUACCCCUUUCCCAUCAUUGUUGCCGAUGGACGAGCGCCCGGUGAGUUGGCGAUACCGACAAACACGACGGUCUUUGAAUUCAAUGCAUUCGAGAUGGGCACCUGGGAUGCUACGAUCUAUGGCUUCGUUCCCACGCAAUACCUGGGCACGAAUUUCACCGCCGGCGAAGUUCCAGACAGUGACCGAUGUGUGGUGGGCUUCGACAACGCCGGAUUUAUCAUGGGAACCUCCUCCACUCUUUUCAACCAGUUCAUCCUGCAACUCAAUUCAACCGACAUAUCUUCCACCUUGAAGGACCUCAUUGGGGACGUACUGGACAAGUUAGGUCGCGACAACGACGACAUUGCCGACUACACACCCAACCCGUUCUUUCAAUACCGCCCGGAGACCGACCCUGGAUAUAAUUCGACUCGACUCACCCUGGUCGAUGGCGGAGAGGAUCUCGAGAAUAUCCCUCUUCACCCUUUGAUUCAGCCAAUUCGGAACGUCGAUGUCAUCUUUGCCGUGGACUCUUCCGCAGACACGGACUACAACUGGCCCAACGCCACCGCUCUUGUCGCAAGCUAUGAGCGAUCCUUGAGCUUGAAGUCAAACAACACUCUCUUCCCGAGCGUGCCGGACCAGAAUACCAUCGUCAACCUUGGUCUCAACACUCGCCCGACAUUUUUUGGCUGCAAUAGCUCCAACUUCACCGAAGGCGCGCACAUCCCGCCACUGGUCGUCUAUAUCCCCAACUCUCCGUACUCGGCGUUCAGCAACGAGUCUACAUUUACACUGUCGACGAACGACUCGUACCGUGACGCCAUCAUUCUGAAUGGACUCAAUGUGGCCAGCAUGGGCAAUGGCACCGUCGACGACAGUUGGCCAACCUGCGUUGGUUGUGCUAUUCUCAGCCGCAGUCUUGAGCGCACCGGCACAGAUAUCCCCGAGGUCUGCACUAGCUGCUUCAACCGUUUCUGCUGGAAUGGCACGGUUGACUCGUCAACUCCACAAUCUUACGAGCCGACUCCUAUUAUCCAGUCUGCGGAUACAAAGAGCGGUGCCACAACCAUAGUGGUGGGUCGCUGGGCUGCGCUGGCCGCUGCAGCUGUAGCAGUUGCCUCGAUUCUAUGA